UGGGCCUAGGGCAGUCGCCCCUCUUGCCCCCCUCAAAACCGGCCCUGCCUUCACCGGAAUCACCGCUUCUGGGCCUCAGCAGCUCAGCCUUCAGACUCUCUUGUCCCAUCACUCAUGAAAAAGAUUAUUCGAGUCAUCAAGGAGAAUAUGCUGAAGCUUGUGUCUCAUGAGUCGUAUACACGUGCAAGGAGCACAAUUAGGCCUUUUUUGAAUGCACAAAUAAGUGCUUCUGUUCACAGUGGUCAGACCCGUUGCUCGCCUAGAAGCUUUUUCGGGGUGGAGGAUUUUGUAGAUGAUGACAAUAGCUGGCCAUACACGUACCAGAAGAGAAAAAAUUCAAAGAACCCAGGCAAGCAUAUUUCUUUCAAACAAAGGGCAUGUGCUUUCAUGGAACCAUUCACGCUUGAUGUCUUCAUCUCGAAGCGUUUUGUUUCGGCCUCAAUCACACACAGUCACUUGCAAGCAGGUCACGGUCGCAGGUACAAAUUCAAAGGAUAUAAAAGCAAUGCUGAAAUCAAGGAGCGACAUACCCGCGUGUUUGUCCGUUGGUUGGAUUUUGGCUGACAGGGCAAGAGAAGCUGAUGUGUAUAUCACUGCUCACAAUCUCCGUGAUAGUGACAAAUUUCAUUCAAAUACUGUUUUUAAUGUUCAGAAGAAUAAAAAAACAUCUACCUGCAAUUCUGCAGAUUUUUAUGCAUCUUUUGGCUGCAAUUUUGCUGUUUUUAGUUACCACUUUAUGUUCUUUACGAUUCAUAUCAG